AUGACUUCGAGGUUCAAUCGCGAAAAAUUCUCUAAUCGCGCAACCGUCAAGGUUCCCGAAGACACUGCUGCACAGGACAUCCAGAACGAUCAACAGGAAUCCUUUACCAACUUGGAAUCUAAGGCACAGCGCGAACCUGCCUCGCAGGGCACUCAGGCCUCAAGUGGAAGCGCCCAACCCUUGACUUGGGCGGCCCCUGAAACCGCCGAACGGCGUGGUACCAGAUACUCGCUCACCCAUGACGACCUGGUCGAUCCGGACGAGUAA